AUGGAGGUAGAUCCAGAAUUUUCGUUUGGUGCUAAUGUUGAUGGUGAGACCCCCCUUUACUUGGCUGCCGAGAGACAAUUUCCAGAUUUGGUGUCAGAAAUUUUAAACAAAUUGAAGUCACCAGCUUAUGAUGGCCCCUUAGGUAGAACGGCUUUGCAUGCUGCAGCAUGUUACGAUGACGAAGGGGGUAGGAGGCGUUUGUGGGUUCGUGGAGGCGUCUGGGGUAGGAAAGUGAGGAAGACUGAGAAGGUGACCACGAAGGGAGAUGAAAUUGUAGAUCUGGAACACAAAGGAGAAUAUGAAGUGGAAAACCAGAGCUUGCUCACAUGUUUCCAUGUCAUUGGGCGAGUAUUAGAAGUCGGGCAUGAUGAAAUUGAGAAGCAUUCAAAGGAGGUGGUGAGUGAGAAGGUGAGGAAGACGAAGACAGAGGAGGACAACAAAGCAGCUCAAGCCCAUUUGGUAGUUGCUGCACUCAUUACAACUGUGACCUUUGCAGCAGGCAAUGCCAUGCCCGGAGGCUUUGUUGGUGGAGAUGAUCAUCCACAUCUAGGCUUUGCAGUUUUGAGGAAUAGUGCUGCUCUCAAGGCAUUCAUCAUUACAAAUGCCCUAUCGAUUAUGCUAUCUAGUUCUGCUAUCUUUAUCCACCUAUUUAUUCCGCUUAUGCCUUUUGAAUACUUCUUUGUAAACCGCGUACAUUUUCUUCAAAUAGCCUUUUCGUUCCUUCUUUUUGCCAUGGCACCAAUGGUUUUGGCAUUCGUCACAGUUUUCUUCGAGUAG